CGACGGCGGGUAUGAACCGGCGGGACGAACCCGGCGCGUCCACGUCUUCCUCGUCUACCCUCGUCGCCCUCGUCGACGGCGACUGCGCGCUGUGCAGCGGCUACGCGCGUCUCGUCUCCGCGCUCGAUGGCAAAGGCGCGGUGUACUUCGAGACGCAGCAGAGCGACGCGGGGCGGGCGCUGCUCAAGCGGUGCGGGAUGCCCACGGACCUGAGCUCCAUCGUGGUCGUCGAGGUGUCACCCAAGGGCAAGGCGGUCGGGUACGUUAGGUCCACGGCUGUGCUGAGGACGUUCCUGGCGCUCGGGGCGCCGUGGUCGGCGCUCUACCUGACCGUGGCCAUCCCCGAGUUUAUCCGCGACGGGGUGUACGGGCUGGUGGCCAAACAUCGGUACUCGGUGUUUGGGACGAACGGCGGGAGAUGCGCGCUUCCGGACGCGGUGACGCGGCGACGGAUCGGCCGCGUACUCCCCGCGGGCCUGCUAGACUAGCCCGUCUCCCUUUGCUCGUACACUGGUUCAACUACACGGGUUCGCU